AUGUUCCAGGGCCCGGAGAGCGAGGGCGGCCGCGCGGGUUCCCGGGCCAUGAAGCCUCCGGGGGGAGAACCAAGCAAUCUUUUUGGAAGUCCAGAAGAAACUGUUCCUUCCAGCAGGCCUAACAGGAUGGCGUCUAAUAUUUUUGGACCAACUGAAGAACCUCAGAACAUACCGAAGAGGACCAACCCCCCAGGUGGGAAAGGAAGUGGUAUCUUCGACGAAUCGGCUCCCGUGCAGACCCGGCAGCAUCUCAACCCCCCUGGUGGGAAGACCAGUGACAUUUUUGGCUCCCCAAUCACCGCCACUUCCCGCUUGGCACACCCAAACAAACCCAAGGAUCACGUUUUCUUACGUGAAGGAGAAGAACCAACAUCAGACCUUAAAGCUGCGGCGAGCAUCCUACCUGGAGGAGAGCCAGAUGCCAGGGAAGCGGAGCACGUGCCCACCGCCAAGGUCGACAGCCACGAGCCCAGGCUGGGGCCGCGGCCUCGCUCGCACAACAAAGUCCUGAACCCCCCAGGAGGCAAAUCCAGCAUUUCCUUCUACUAGAACAGUGACUGCCUGACCGUAGCCAGACGAGAGUCGGGAGUUGGUGUAGCAAAUACUGUCGUUUCCUUUAGCCCAAGCGAGCUGGGGGGGAAGGGGGUUAGUCGUGAGCAGGAGGCUGGUGGCUCAGGGUCUCCACUGACGUCACGAGAGGACGACGCCUUCCAGACUGCGGGAGACACGCCUGCGUCUGCGUGGGGAUAAACUGCGGUUCCCUGGUUUUCACUCAGUCCUAGUCCCGACGUGAGAGGGACUCUACGGUGGGCCAGGGCUGGGAGGUAGCGCGGGGCCGCGGGAGGCUUGGCAAGGCGCGGCGUCCUGUGCCAGCCGAUGGGACACCUGGGAAGGACGGAGAGGACACAAAACAGCCCGUCCUCUACGU